AUGAGCGGGUCCGCGUCGGAAGGGACGUGUCGCGUCCGACGCGUCCGGGCGGCCCGGGCGGCAGCUGAAGGCCAGCCCGCACUCGUCCUCGAGCCUUGCCCAUCUGCUGGCCGCGCCGCGAGCAUGACAACGGAGACUCUCCCUGUGCCUCACGGAGACUCCGUGGUCGAGACUACUCAGCCCUCGGCGGGGGUUGUCGGUGUCGGGCUGGAUGGCUCACAAGACUCGACAUCGCAGGGAGGCAGCAGCUACGAGAAACAAGUCCUGCUGCAGACCACCAGCACGCCGAGAAACGCGGUCCUGCUCAAGGCCAUCAGGGACGUCCGCAUCUUCGACCGGCGCCAGUCGCCGUCGUCGCCGUCGCCGCGAAGAAAAGCCCGGCUUUCCCCCUCGGGGAAGAAGUCGGCAGCGGCGGCGCGGGCUUCUCCUUCCCCCAGGGGGAAGCGGGCGGCUUCUCCGGCGGUGAAGGCGGCCGCCGCCGCUCGCGAAAUGAUCCGCAACGGCGGCGGCGGCGGGGCGACGAGGUUGACGGCGGGGGCCCAGCAGUACCUUCUCGUCGGCGACACCGUCGACCUCGGCGUCGCCGGCGCCGGCAAGGGCUUCCGGUGCGAGUACUCGUACACCCUGCGGCUCGCCUCUUCUCGCUCUUCGGUCACGACGACGCCCCCGCGUUCUGGGACGCCAGCAACAGGCGCGAGAGAGUCGAAGCCAUCCGCGACGAGAGAGCCGUCGUCAGGUGCGGGAGGUGGCGGCGGUUGCGGGACGAAACGCCGGUUGGAGGACUUUUUUGGCGACAGCACGGGGGCGGCGGUGGGGACGGCGGCUCGACCCUCGGUUCCGGUUGGAAGCAGCGGCGGCGGUAGCGGUAACGGUAGCGGAGGCGGGAGCGACAGCGGCAGCGGCAGCGGUAGCGGCAGUGGCAACGGCAGCGGCAGUGGAAGCGGCGGAGGUUGCGAGGGUGUCCAGGUCGUGCCGUCAGACAUGUUCGCCAUCGCAAUACCGGACGACGACGACGAUAUCCGCGAUGAGAACGCAGCGGUGACAACAGCCGUGGCUCCGACAGCCACACCCAGCAACCCCGGCCGUGGGGGGGACGAGCGCCGCAGGACGGGAAGCACGCCCUUCGUCCCCUUCGGCGUGGUCGACCUCUGCGACUUGGACGACCAACCAGUGGACGCGGGAAAGUCCGUCGAGCUGCCCAUCGAUCUCUGCGACGACGACAACGAUGACGAAGGGGAGGAGGGCGUCGCUACCCCUGCUGCUUCUGCUCCAGCUGCUGCUCCAGCUGCUGCUCCUGGUGAAGGUGGUGGUUAUGGUGGAGCUCGAGCGCGACCGAUCGCGCCGAGCGGAGGUCUUCGUGGUCGCUCCGACUCGGGGGGGCUCGCCAAAGCAUCGCCGACGCCGCCACCGAAGCCGACGCCGACGCCGCUGCCGUGGAGCAGCGGUUCUCCGAACCGACGAAAGUCCCCGCUUUCUCCAAAGCAAACGAAGGCGCCGCUACCGGCAAACACUGACCCACUUGCCGGGGUGGUGGUGGAAGGAUCCAGUGGGACACCGUCGAAACCCCCGUUUUCGCAUCGUGCGACAACGGCAGAGGCGGACAUCUCGUCGGGGAGAGGGUCGACGGGCAAGAAUCCGUCAGCGGCGGAGGCGGCGGUGGAGAAGGAGAACAGCGAUUUGUUUUUGUCGCAGGAGCCGUUGUCGCGAAGACGAGCGGCGUCCCUACGCACCACGGCGUCUCGGCACACUUCGGAGGGCAAGGACGAGGAGGCUUCCCUCGAGAAAAGACCAAGCGAUGCCUCUUCAGUUCACGAGGAUACGCGUGUUGACGACGGCUGCACAGCAGCGGCGGCGGCGGCGUCGCCUCCGGCGGAGCAAUCGAAUCCCACGGAAGCUCGAGCCCUGACGCGUAUGGACGAUCACGUUCGGCUGACGCUCAACACGUUUGUGAAGUGCGCUCCCGAGACCACGGUGGCGGUCGUCAAGGAGUUCCUAGCGUUAGGAACGGCUCCUCCCAGCAGCCUCUGCGGCACCAUCGUGUCUUCGCUGCUGGAGUCCAGGUGCAGGGUCCGGAGCGAGUGCCUCCGGAUGCAGCUGCGCGCCAUGCUGGACGUCGACCCAAACGUCUGGUCCCCGCCGGACGAAGACGACGCACCCGGGUGGCUGGAAAACCUCAUGGGCAUUAUCCUCACGGACCCCCCCGCCGCCGCGAAGCGGCGAGACCCCCCGAGCGACCAGGUGUUAGGGGCCCACGCCAUCGUCCUGGAACUGGUGGUGGAAUAUCUGGCCGCCGCCACCGGGGGUGGCAGCACGGCGGCGGCGGAGAGGGCGAUGCAUUUUUUUGCCUUGCCGGUGACGAAGGGGAAAGGGAUGCGAAAGCCACCGCCGCCGGAGGAGAUCGCGCGGAACCUCGCGAAGCACGCGGUUAGAAAGAGCGCCGAGUGGGCGGUGGGGGCGUGGGGGUUGCAGGGAGCGAGCAGAAGCAGCAGCAGCCGGCGGCGGCGGCGGCCGCGGGAGAGCCCGGAACUCGUUCGGUUCCGUCUCCUCGCGACCAAGCUCCUGGCGGAGGUGGUGGAUAGUUGCGGCUUGCCCGCGGACGAGGCUUGCGACGCGAUCGUAGACCAGAUGGACUUGUUCGCCGGAGGAGUGCCUGCCGCUUCCGCUUCCGCUUCCACCUCCGCCUCCACCGCCGCUGAAGCCGACAACGGCGCCCCCGCUGCCGCGGACGCCGCCGCCGGCGCGGCGGCGGCGGUGGCCGAGCGGGGACUCCGGAAUGCCGCCCGGGGUGGCCUCGUACGUGCUCUGCUGGGCCGAACGUUCUGCGCGGAGCUUGCCCGGGCUCUGCUUCGCGCUGAUUCGAGCAGCGGCUCCGGCCGCGUUGGCGUGCCGUCGGGGGGGGGCGGCGGCGGCCGGCUUCAAGCAAUGCUGUCUCGCGUGGUUGGGCGGGCUGAGGGAGGAGGAGGAGGAGGCGCACACGAGCUGCUGUUGUUUUAGUUUUGCGUCUCAGGCUUUGUUUCUCGAGCGCGCUGGAAAGGGCCUGCGUGCGUGCCAUCUCUUUUCGAAUAUGUAAGGAACAUUCCUAUACAAGCGCGAAUACCACCCUUGUCCCUUUAUUUCAUAACAGAAUGGUAUUCGAGAAGGACGUGUGCGAUGCUUUUACGACGUGGGGUGGGUUGGCUGAUAAGUAGGGUUUGCGGCGGGUACAAUCGGUUUCUUGGUCCAGGAGAGGCGAAGGCAUUCACCUCCGUGCGGUGUUUUUUGAGGAAGCUGUUUUGCGCGAAGGCCUUCCCUUAGAUGUGUAUACUACGUAGAUUCCGAUGGGGAAACCGCCGCGUUGUGGCGAUGCUUCGCUACAAAUGGAUCGAUUGCAUGCUCGCGGAAUGUCGAGGUGGGCCCAUCGUCAUCGUUGUUGCAGAACACCGUUGUCAUGAUGUUGGGGUCAUUUAUUUUUUCAGGUUUUCGUACAGUAUUGUGUGUGCGGUACCGUUGAAGGCGACCUUGUCGGCGAUUUUACAGGCUUGUCCGUUGCCCAGCUACUGUAUAGUCUACAAUAUUCAGCUGAGGUUUUCGGUUUGGACUCUCUGUGUCUACACUACUGCUGUACAGCAGUAGCUUUUCCUUGUGCUUCUGCUACCCCGCAUGUUUAUGUUCAUCAAUGACUAUUUUACGCGACAGAUACAAAAACGUGAGAUCUAGUAGGUAUAUGGCCGACAGAGCUACUGUAGGGUAUUUGUGCCUUCUCUGCAUUUCGGUGAUGGCCAUGUAAUUAAUGUGUGGGGAAAUGGGUAACACUGCUGUUCCCAGGGUGUAGAAAACGAUUCUGGGUGACUGCUGUCGAUAUUAGAAAUCAGAGUUUGUA